UCUUAUGGUGUGUCUCAUUCAAAGCAUGAAUCUAUGUUGGCAUUACACAGUACAGCACAUUAUACAGGUGGUGAUUUAUGCGAAUUCUUUGAAGGUUCACAGUCCUUUUUUCUAAACUGCUUUGAAUGAUAUACUCGGAAAGAAAAUUGGUUUCCUUAUCUAAGUAUCUCCCUCUCUCACGCUCUCUCGGGCACAGCUGAGAGUUCCCUUGGGACACACUACCGUUUGUGUCUCAAAUGGCAUCGAUCGAAUUUAUAGAGCGCUUAGAGCAAGACAUCAUUCUUGAUCUCACAGCAAAUGUUGCCUACACAUCACCCUUCCUUUGACGUUGUUAUGAGUUUACGAGGAUCUGCUUUGCGCAUUUUCUCUCGCAAACACAUCUCAGAAAACAUGAACGAAAACCACUGAAUUAUGCAGGUAUGAGAGAGCAGCAGCGGAGGUAAGGAAUUUGAUAAAAAUCAAACACAUCAGACGUGUCGGAGGUGUUGUGUCGAGUGGUCGUAAAUCAAUCAAUACUAUCGUAAGCCUAUACGUUACUACAUUUAAAGCUACUACUACGUAGUCAAGGCGAUGGAAAUGGGUCUGAGGAAAACCAAAAACAAAUUAAGAAAAUACAGUGCUGAGAUUAGCAUCAUAGCAUAACAGGGCAAAGACGGUGGUAUCAUUGUAAAACAGGCGAGCAAAACGCUAGAACUUGUAACACUGGGACGACAACAAAAACAAAUUAAUAUAAUCCCGGACCGGCCGCUAGGGCGGCGAGCAAACGAGCACAGGUUUGCCAGAAAUGGCUGUCAAUUCGGCAGCAAAAAAGGGAAAACACUAGGCGACAGGUAAGGCGCACGAAGUAAGAAGUUACCUUUGUAAUCCGUAAGACAGUUUCCUUGCCUAGCAGUUCCGCUGUCAUUUCUCGCUCGACCAGAGCGGCACAUGCGUUACCGCAAAAAAAAACCCACGGAGUGGAACGGCGAGGCAACAUUAUUCACAACAAUUAUCAGUAGAAAAUGGAGAGCGAGCGCGAGCGAAGGCGAAGAUAGGGUGGUUGGCGAUUGUUAUGCUAACCUAAUGGACAAGGGCGGACGUACGCCGCAAGCGUGCAGCGCUGUUGAUCGCAAAAGGUAUAUAGUUUCUCAUAGCUAGAAUAAAAUUUGCUAACUAGCCAGCAAACCAGUAUUGUUAUCGAAACCGUGACCCUGAAACGCCCCGCAGCAGCAAUUAAUGUAAAAAGCGAAUCCCAAAAGCAACAAAACAAACUAACAGGAAAGUCCGGUCGAGUAAACAAAAAUGCAAAAUACAUGGUAAACACAUACACACACACGUACACAUACACACGCCACCAUACAAACUACCAACAUAA